GCGCCUGGCCGGCGGCCCGCGGGCGGGCCGCCUUACCCGUUGUAACCCACCCGCCUCUUAAAGCCGCGGCGGGAAGAUGAGGUUCCGGGAGCCGCUCCUGGGCGGCAGCGCCGCGAUGCCGGGCGCGUCCCUGCAGCGGGCCUGCCGCCUACUCGUGGCCGUCUGCGCGCUGCACCUUGGCGUCACCCUCGUCUACUACCUGGCUGGCCGCGACCUGAGCCGCCUGCCCUAUCUGGUCGGAGUGCCCACGCCGCUGCAAGCUGGCUCGAGCGGCGCCGCUGCCAUCAAGCAGCCCUCCGAGGAGCUCCGGCCGCAAGGGGCAGCGCCUCCGUCGCCUGUGGACGCCUCCUCCGAGCCGCGUCGGGGUCAAGAUUCCAGUCCAGAGGCGGAUUUUCGCCCCGGCCUCUCAAACAACUUGACCUCGGCCCUAGUGUCCCCUAUCACAGCACUGCCGCUGCCCGCCUGCCCAGAGGAGUCCCCGCUGCUCGUCGGCCCCAUGCUGAUUGAGUUCAAGGUGCCUGUGGACCUGACACUUCUGGCGAAACAGAACCCUGAGGUGAAAGUGGGUGGUCGCUAUGCCCCCAAGGACUGCAUUUCUCCGCACAAGGUGGCCAUCAUUAUUCCAUUCCGUAACCGGCAGGAGCACCUCAAGUACUGGCUGUAUUACCUGCACCCAAUCCUGCAACGUCAGCAGUUGGACUAUGGCAUCUAUGUUAUCAACCAGGCUGGAGACUCCAUGUUCAAUCGUGCUAAGCUCCUCAACGUUGGCUUUCAAGAAGCCUUGAAGGACUAUGAUUACAACUGCUUUGUGUUUAGCGACGUGGACCUCAUUCCAAUGGAUGACCGUAACACCUACAGGUGUUUUUCCCAGCCGCGGCACAUUUCUGUGGCAAUGGAUAAGUUUGGAUUUAGCUUGCCUUAUGUUCAGUUUUUUGGAGGUGUGUCGGCUCUAAGUAAACAACAGUUUCUCACCAUCAAUGGAUUUCCUAAUAAUUAUUGGGGCUGGGGAGGUGAAGAUGACGACAUUUUUAACAGAUUAGUGUUUAAAGGUAUGUCUAUAUCUCGCCCAAAUGCUGUGGUUGGGAAGUGUCGGAUGAUUCGCCACUCAAGAGACAAGAAAAACGAACCCAAUCCUCAGAGGUUUGACCGAAUUGCACAUACGAAGGAGACAAUGUUCUCUGAUGGUUUGAACACACUGACCUACAAGGUGUUGGACAUAGAAAGAAACCCAUUAUAUACCAAAAUCACAGUGGACGUUGGGACACCGAGCUAGCAUUUUGCUUCACUGAUAAGAGACCUGAAAAUGGCCAGGGACCUCUGCUGUGUCUCUGCUAAUGUGCUGGGCUGGUCCCUGUCACUCUGAGCAAUCAAAGUGAUAGGCCCCCUUUGCUCAUCACUCACAUGCCUUUCCAGAGGACCAGAAUGAGUGGGAUGUUGUGCCCCCACCUUGACUUGGCAUGUGACUUCUUAGCUCUCCGAGGUGUUUGUCAGUGUAGAAACUAUCAGCCUUUGGGGGUUCUCAGCGUGUUCACGGUGUUACCCCAAAGAAUCAGAGCUGUAUACAGCCCCGAAUUUGGUGACUGUGGGGCUCGUUCCCAGUGGUAAACUGCUAAUUUGUUAUGAAAUAGGUAAGACUUUUGCUUUAAAUUGUGUAUUCUUCUUACUUCAUGAAAAAUUGGAGAGUGCUGCUGAAUUGGAUUGGUGUGAUAUUUUUUGGUUGUCAUAUUUUAACAGGAAAACAGUUUCAACUAUUCUCAUUUCACCUGCCUUUCCCCCUCCCCCUUCUUUUAGUGCUAUAAAACUGUGUGUGUCUUUUCUUAGCAAAAGAGUUUUAAAACUUGAGCCUCAGACCUUAUGCCCUGCUAGUGUGUGAAUUCCAAGGCAACUUCAGCCACCAGAGCAAAAGCCUUGGGUGCUUUCACAUUCGGUGGCCUUUCUCCAGAUUGCCUGAUUUCUGAAUGUAAAACUUAAAAAAAAAAAUAGCUGUGUGUAGUUUGUAGUAUUUUAAAGACCAAAUUGAAUUCUGAUGACUGAUCUAGCUUGAUUUUGUGUUGAUCCAGAUUUGCAUAGCUGUUUAGUGUUAAAUCAUGGCAAUUUAUUUUUCUGAGUAUGCUAUGUAAACUUGAAUUUCCUAUGUAUUUUUAUGGUGGUGUUUUAAAUGUGUGGAGGGGACUGAGCAUUUUUUUAGGGGGAAAAAAUUCUGUAUGCUGUAGUGGCCAUGAGCAGGCCUUUGUUUUAGAGCAGGUCAGGUUUUGUGAAGAGCAAAAUCACCUUUGGGUCCUUUGAUGAGGGCAAGGCCUCCCAGACCUCUGCGGGAAGGUGGAAGCCUGGGCCUGCCGGGCAGGGCUCCCUACCUCCUUCCCCUCCCCAGGUGCACAGGGUAGAGGGAAUCUCCACCACCUCCUGGAACUGACCCCGCACCCCUCACCCCAAGACCUCCCAUCAGGGCCCUAGACUAGAGUUGUAAAUGACAGCAAUCAGGUAGGUCUGUUACUGGCCCCUAGCCUGGGAAGGUGGAAGGAACCUCAGUUCUAGCAUCUCGUGGAGUCUAGGGUCUGCCUCCCUUGGAGGUUCUGCCCCACACUGCCUGUCCACCUUGCAGGACUGGUUCUCCUUCCUCCCCCUCCUGCCCUUCCCAUUUUUGUUCCUUUGCUUCUUGCUUGUUCCCUAAAACUUGCCUGUGGCACUCAGGGUCAAAUAGACUGUUCAUUCUCCAGCAUGAAUGUGCCUUUUAAUUAGAAACCUAGAAAGAAAUUCAGCUGAACCCACCCACACUCCCCCAUGACCACUCUGGUGUCUAAAGCCUUCCUUUCCCCCUCGGGUUCUUAGCAGGUAGGUGCUCCCACUCCAGGGAGGCUGACCCACCGCUUCUCUUCUCCAAACCCGCCUCUGCCGGGGGAGGCUUAGACUGCCUGGCUGAGAUGCAUGAGGCAGUUUCUACCACUGGGUGCCCUUACUGGGUCCAGUCUGGGCUAAGGCCAUGAAAGUCAGCUGUUUAAUCCCAGGGUUGACGUCUCAGCUGGUGGCAGCUCGGACCUCUACCACGGACCUCCUGGGAAGCAGGCCUCAGUGUGGAGGCUGAGUUGGUUUCCAGCCCAGUCUUACCUGUGCCUUUAUUGCUUUGAGCAUCUCAGAUGCUAACUUGUUUCUUUUUCCAGAAGACUUUGUAUUGAUUACAGUUUAUUUCCCACUGCAGAAGCAUUUGGGCUAUGCAAAUAGUAUUCCUUCUGUCAAUUCCCUGCUCCUUAACAGUGACAUUAAUAAAACUCAGAACAACUGCACUGAGAAGGAGUUUUGGGAAAUGCAAAGAAUGAAGACCUCUUUUUCUGACCCCAGAUCCUCACUUUUCCAAAGUGCCUUAAAAGAAAGACAAAUACCUUGGGAAGUAACUCUGUUACUUACUUUACUCUUUUAAAAAAUUAAGACAGUUUUCUUCUUCUUUUUUUGUUUUGUUAUAUUUUCCUUUAUAUUGCAUUGGAAUGUUCAAGUAUGUGGUUCAUUCUCAGAACCGAGGGAAAUCCUGCAUCAUCUGUUCCUUGUUUGCUGACCUUCUGGUGCUCUCAUGGGGGUCACCUGGGCCUGGAUGCUUGCCUGGUUCAUGAGAUGCUGUAGGUCCUGUUUCCUCCCUGCGGAGUCCAGGGCAGAGGGUUCAGGGAGCAUUUCCUUUACCUGGAAGUCGUCACCAUGAAGUUCUCAUGUAUGUGCCUUUGGCCUUUGUUUCAGUCCUUCUCGUUCCUGGUGACCCUGUAAAGUGGCUUCUGGAAAAGAUCAGAGGGCAGAGGUGGUUCAGGAGGGUAAAGGAAAUGCUGGUGCUGGCUCUCAGCCUGGGCAUGGUCUCUGCUGACCUCAGGGCUGGCCAUGGGGUGUCCUACACAGCCAGGACAGCAGCUUUCCUGCCCUGGAGACCUGUUGGGCUGUGUAUUUUGAUUUCCUGUGUGUGCAAAUAUAUGUAUUUACCAUUGUAAGUGGAAGGGGGGAAUGUCUGACUUUGAUGUCCAAAACAGAACUGUAUUUUUGCCUUUAAAAUCCAGUAAUAUAACACAAAUAAAUGUCCCUAUCUUUG